UCCUACUUCACCACACUCUAUAUAUAUUCCUUAAAUUUGUACCUACACUCUCACAGUCGGUCACGCGACUCACGCCCCACUGCACCACCAAAAUGGCCACCACCACCACAUCUGCUGCCACGUCGUACUUCUUCGGGACCCGAAUCCUUAACCCCAAACCAAGCUCCGGAAGGUUCCAAGCCCUGUUCGGAUUCGGCACUAAAAAGAAACCACCACCUCCGAAAAAAGCUGCGCCAAAAUUUCCCGACUCGGGCCGCCUAGUGUGGUUACCGGGCGCUCAGCCGCCGGAGUGGCUCGACGGGACCAUGGUGGGGGACCGUGGGUUCGACCCGUUCGGGUUCGGGAAGCCUGCGGAGUACUUGCAGUUCGAUCUCGACUCGCUGGACCAGAACCUGGCGAAGAACGAUGCUGGUGACGUGAUCGGGAUCAGGUUCGAGAGCUCGGAGGUGAAGCCGACGCCGUUUCAGCCUUACACGGAGGUGUUUGGGUUGCAGAGGUUUAGGGAGUGCGAGCUGAUUCAUGGGCGGUGGGCGAUGCUGGGCACACUUGGCGCAGUUGCUGUCGAGGCACUCACCGGUGUUGCAUGGCAGGACGCUGGAAAGGUAGAGCUGGUGGAAGGAUCAUCGUACCUAGGCCUCCCGCUUCCAUUCUCCUUGACGACGUUGAUAUGGAUUGAGGUGAUAGUGAUCGGCUACAUUGAAAUCCAAAGGAAUGCAGAACUGGACCCAGAGAAAAGGCUGUACCCUGGUGGCAACUUCUUCGAUCCCCUCGGCUUGGCAACCGACCCGGAUGAGAAGGCCAGGCUUCAGCUGGCGGAGAUCAAGCAUGCCCGCCUAGCUAUGCUCGCUUUCCUCAUCUUUGCAAUCCAAGCAGCUGUCACUGGAAAAGGCCCAAUCAGUUUUCUGGCUACCUUUAACAAGUGACGACCCUCCACUACUUUACAAACCAUCCCUGCAAUCUUCUCUCUCGAUCUCCCAAGUUAAUUCCUCAUCUCUAGCUUGUAUUUCUCUUGGAUACCCAUUUGGAUCUGUUACAUAUUACUUAAUUAGUAUGUUCUUGUAACUUGUAAGAUACUGGGCAAUGGGCAUUCACCCUCUUUUGCCCUAUGCUUCGUACUCUAUAUCCAUAUUUAGAUCCCUACAAUCCCUUUUAAGCAAUUAAAGUGUAGAAAAUUGUAUGAAA